CAGCCGUGUUGAAUCUCGUUUUACAACAGCUUCCUUCGUCAAUGAAUAAAUAUCCCUUUCUCUCUCCGUCGUCUUAGAUCAAAGCAGGUAUUUUUCUAGGGUUUUCCUGCUUCUAAUCGCUUCCUCGACCAUGAACGGAGGUGCCAUAGAAGCAGCCGGCAACGGCGAUACUACUUUGUCUACAUCAUCUUCCUUGUCGCUAAUAAAGCGUUUAGCUUCCUGUGACAAGGUCGUCAGGGAUCGAGCUUUGAAGCGUGUUCUAAGAGCCUGGCUUCCUUCUCAGCAACCCGAACAGGUCACCGACGACGAGUUGAAGAAGCUAUGGAAGGGACUGUUUUACUGCGUUUGGCACGCCGAUAAAGCUGUAGUUCAACUGGAACUUAUCAACCGUCUCUCCGCUCUCAUCGUAUCUCUUCCUAUCGAUUUAUCUAUUCGAUACUUCUCUACCUUUCUAAUAACCAUGCGCCGUGAAUGGAGUGGAAUUGAUCAUCUCAGGUUAGACAAAUUUUACCUAUUGAUUCGCCGGUUCAUAAACGCUUCUUUUCGUCUUCUUAAAGGGAACUCCUGGGAUUUGGAGCUCUCUCGUCGAUUGGUGUGUGUGCUUGAACAGGAUGCUUUAUGUGCUCAAGAUAAUCUUAUUGGAAGUGGUGUUAAUUACCACAUUGCAUCGGUUUUCCUUGAUGAACUCAAACAAUUCCUUCCACUUAGUCUCGAAACUCUUGAUGUUAUCUUCAAGCCUUUUCUUAAGGCGAUGACUGAGAGCCAUGAUAAGUUGCUGGUUACUAAAGUUGGUUCUAAUAUGUUUGAUGUUUUAUUGAAAAUGGGUAUAGACCUAUUGGUGCGUGAGAAAUUGGUUGGUGGUGAAACAUCAUCAGACUCUAAAGGUGAUGUUUUUCUUCUUGGAACAAUAGCUCUUAAGAUGAACUUUUCAGCUAAGUUCUAUGAAUCUGGUUCAUCCCCAGAAUGCUUUCAAGGAAACAGAAAGACAUUGUUUGGUUUGCACGAAGGUUUCCUGAAACUGGAGAAGGAUAUGGCAUCAUGCGGGAUUGAAAUCUCAAUUCCUGUUGUUGUUGCUGAUGAUGAAGAUAUGGAGCCAGUGGAAGAAGCAAGUGAAGGCGGUCACAUUGUUCCCAUCACUAAAUGUUCGAAGAAUAAAAGGAAAGCCAAGAAAGCUUUUGAGACUGACAACAAUAAAGCACAGGAUGGAGAUGAGAACACUGACAACACUGAGAACAAGAAGGAUAAGAAAAAGAAGAAGAAGAAGAAAAGAAAGAGUGAAAUUUCUGGGACUGAAGAUGGUGAUCUGAGUUCUGUGGUUGCUAAUGGUGACAACAGUUCUGUUAACAUAACUUCAAAAGAUGAUGGUAACUUAAUUUUAAAUGAUGCGUUCAUUUCUAACCUUCAAGUUCAAUUUGCGAAGGUGGCUGCUGAAGUUGACCUAGAGAAGAAUGGUAGUUCACAGGAAGCUCGUAAGAUCACAGUGGUCGACGGCCCUGGAUCCACUAAGCGAAAGAGAACAAAAAACAAGGAUGUGCAGGAUUCUCAAGUUGGUGAUUUGAAGGAAGUCAAUAAUGUUGCUGAUACUGGAAGUAUUUCGAAGAGUGCAAAAAAAGUGAGGUUCGCAAUGAAAAAUAACUUAGUGUGGAAGCCUCAUAGUCCUUUGCCUCCUCAAAAUUUAAGGAUCCCACCAUCCCUUACUCCAAGAGGUAGUGCACUUAAAAAGGGAGUCCGUCCUGGUCCUAUAGUGGAAAUGCCUCCUGAGGUGAAGAAACCUAAGAUGAAGAAACAUGGGAAGAAGAGAGUUAAAGCGAUAGCUGCUGCAAUCAAACGCUUGCAGAGAUUAUAAUCUCUUGAGGUUCUUCCAACCAAAAGAAAGAGGAGGGGUCAAGAUAUGGAAGAUGAGCAGGUGGAAUUUAUUGAGUCCCAACAAUGUAACAAAAAGUUAAGCAGGUUGUGUUUUUUUUUCUUUCAGAAUUGUGAUUGAGUUUCUUUUAUUAUUAUUUAGGAAAAAUGUUUGACAUCUAUAAAAAGAAUAUUCCUUAUUGAGAUUGUUAUACUGGUCCAUUUCUUCUUCAGUUGAUCUCCAUUUUCCUU